AAGCACUUUUUUUUAAGCCGCGGCGCGGCCUUUCGCAGCUCCUCCUCCGGGCCGGCCCCGCCUCCCUUCCUGCGGCGGGCGAGACCCCAGCGUCUGCGCGGGGGACGCCGAAGGCGAUGGCGGCUUCUCCGCCGCCUCUGUCGGGACAGGACGAAGGGUCGUUUGCAUAUCUUACAAUUAAAGACAGAAUACCACAGAUCCUAACCAAGGCUAUUGAUACAUUGCAUCGACAUAAAAAUGAAAUGUUUGAGAAACAUGGAGAGAAAGGCAUAGAAGCUGAAAAGAAAGCAAUUUCUCUUCUUUCUAAAUUGCGGAAUGAAUCACAGACAGACAAACCAAUUGUCCCCUUGGUUGAGAAGUUUGCUGAUACUGACAUAUGGAAUCAGUACCUAGAACAUCAACAGGGUCUUUUAAAUGACAGUGAUGGAAAACCAAGGUGGUUCUACUCACCAUGGCUGUUUGUAGAAUGCUACAUGUAUCGUAGAAUUCAUGAAGCAGUUAUCCAGAGUCCACCAAUUGAUGACUUUGAUGUAUUUAAAGAAUCGAAAGAACAAAACUUCUUCGAGUCGCAGGAAUCCAUCAUGGCUUUAUGUAUUCACCUGCGAGAGCUGAUGCAAAUAAUUGAGCACCUGGAUGAAAAUCAGUUGAAAGAUGAGUUUUUUAAACUUCUUCAGUUUCUGUGUCUGUUCAAUGACGGUGGUAUUGAACACCUCAUAAUUUGAUGUGAGAACCUGGAUUCAUUCACGUGAGUACUGCGCAGAGUCUGGAACACAGGAUGUGCUGUCGUCAUCAUCAGGUAGAAACUGUCCUAUUUCAUACAGCCUCAUUACACUUCUUCAUCAAGCUUGUGUAAGUUUAGUUUUAAAUUCUCAUUCAAGACAUCCUUACAUUUAUAUACUAGGUUCGGAGCGGUUUGAAAAUGUGUAGUUGUACGCAGUAGUUCCCCAGCCCUGACUGCCUAGGAAAAGUUAGAAACAUUUCCAGAAGGAGAUGUCAGAAAAUGUUAUGAAGAGAAAUAACGCAGGGAAGGGGCCCAGGAGUGUUGGGUGCGGGAGGCCAUAUUGAGCCAGGAAGGACCGGCUGAGACCGUGCCCUGGGGGAAGCCUGAAGCGGGUGAAGCAGCAGAUCACAGGCAUGUCCGGUGUGAGAACCGAGAGGGGAUUCUGUUGGAAAUGAGAGAGGUAAGAGGAGGGGCUGGAAGGGCCACAGAAGGCAGGUUUGAUUCCUAGAAGGAAAUGGGAAGGUAUUAGAGGGUUUGGAUCAGAGGAGUAACAUUAAAUGACUUAUUUCAAGGAUUACUUCUGAAAACAGACCAAAGAGGCUCAGGGUAGAACCUGGAGAUCUGUUAUGAAAAUGACUCAGGUCCAAUUGGUAGCAUCAGAGAUGUUAAAUCUCUCAAGAUUCUGAAUAUACUUGGAAAGUAGAGGCUCCAGACAGGUUGUGGGACGUGGAACUUGUAGGGCAAGCGGAGCAAGCUGAGUGAUGAAGAGGGAAAGGUCAGGGUAUUGUUAACUAGUAAACCCAAUUAUCUUGUCUCCUCUGAACUAUCCUUUAUGUUUAGCUUAGAAUUGAGAGAAGAAAAGCAGCACGUUACUCAUUAUCCACAGCUCGGUCAUUCUUUCACAGCCUUUGUAUAUAAUACGUUUUUCGUCCCAUGAGUAUAAUAAGUUGUGAGAAGAAGGAGUACCAAUCUGUUUUCUGUCACCUGCUUCGGCCGCUACCCAAAAUUGCUGCUCUGCUCCCCAGUCAAGGAGCCAAAGCUGCCCCCGUCACUGUUCGUGAGCACCAGCAGGUUAACCUCCUGCAAGGAGCUCCCAGCUGUUUCAGUCUGUGGGAAUGUUGACCUGUUCUUAAAACUAUAAAACUCCACCCCUGCCACACAAACAUUGCCAUGUCUACUCUAUCAAACAUUGUUCUCAAUGGCAGGCAUGUAAUGGUGAGAAAACAGACCAAUCCUUGCUGGCAUAGAACUUGUAGUCUUGAGGGAAUAUAGACAAUCAGAUAAGGGCACAAAUCAAUAUAGACUUAAUCACAGACUGGGAAUAUGCAGGAGGCCAACAGACCCUGACCUCAGCUGGGGGGGCCACCGUCUACACCAGUGCAUGUUUCUUUAUCAGAGUUGGACUUACACCUAAAAAAAUGUGUGUGUGUAGGUGUGUGUGUGUAUACACUUAAUCCUUUAAAAAUAGUAUUCUUGGUUGGAACAUGCAUUUUCCUCUUAUUUUGAAUCAUAAAAGUAGAAUCUGUUUUGGCUACUAUUUAUUGAGUACUUCUAUAUGCUAGUUAUUGGAUACAUUACUUACACCCAUUAUGUCAAUUCUCGCAAUAACUCUGUGAGGUAAAUACUAUUUUUAUCUCAUUUUUUAGUUGCAUAACCUGAGCCUUGGGGGUCUGUACUUACCAGUGGUUGUUAAUUGGAAAUGCAGGGACUUGAGCCCAGGCCUGCCUGCUUCCAGAGCCUGCACUCCUACACACGUACUUUUAGUUAUAGCUUUAGGAAGAAGGUUAUAUGCCAUUUCCCACAAAAUAAGCUUGAGUAUUGUUUCAGUUUAAAGUGGAAUGAUAGAUUAUUAGAGUUGGAAGGGUCUUUAGACUAGACAUCCCCUUGUCCAAUUUCUUUAUUUUACAAGUGAGAGAACUAAAUCCUAGGGAGACUGGAUUUACUCACAGAAAUUGAGCAGGUUUUUGGGGGGUUAGGGGUGGGGCUGGGAGGAAAAAAGUCACUUACUUUUCUCUUGACACUGAAUUAUAAAGUAAACUUUGUGGCUUCUUUUUGGAUCUUGUUCUUAUAUCUGCAAGAAGCAAAAAAUUUCAUUCUGAUUAAAUGAUAUGGGUCAUUAAAAUCAUUCAAACCAGUUUUUAAAAUUUCACUACAUACUAACCAAUUAAAAGUUUUAGUGUUUUCCCUUUUCUUAAAAAAUAAUGUGUUUGUUUAUGAUUUUAUAGAGGGAGGAAGGGAAAGGGAGAGAGAGAGAAACAUCAAUGUGAGAGAGAAAGAAACAUUGGUCACCUGCCUCAUGCACACCCCCUACUGGAAUCAAUCCUGCAACCCAGGCAUGUGCCCUGACCAGGAAUCAAACCUGAGACCUUUUGGUGCAUGGGAUGAUGCUCAACCAAUUUAGCCACAAGGGCAGGGCUGUUUUACCUUUCUAUACAACAUCAUGCAAAGUGGAUUUGAUGGGCGUUCUGUAGAAAUGAAUUUUAUGAAUACUUUUAGCAACCCUGUCCCCGACAUCCUGCAUGUUAGUUUUUGUUGGUUAUUCAGAAGAAGGGUAAAUGUUUUGUACUUUUUC